GGUGCAAGAUCUGUUGAACUUGGAACGCCGGGUUGUUGUCGAACGUCAAAAGUAGUCACGUAAAAGCUGUCGCAGAGGACAGACGCGUUGUCGCCCGCUUCCUUGCCGGUUUUAGCCCAUAAAGGAUACGUGUGUGUUUAUUUCGGGACUAAAGUCUUGUUAAUCGCUUUUGGAUGAUUGCCGUAGACUUGUCCGGUUACGUAAAUUGUGGGAAGUGCGGAGUGUACUUGGCUCCGACUGAAACGAUGAAAGCUCCAGUUUAAUGGACUAAAGUUUUUCAUGUCCAAACAGUGAUCAAUUUCAAAAGAUAACUCUAUCUAGUGUACACUGUACACCACAUGUGCUGUAACCCCAUUUUAUAGAUAGAAACGUGGUGACUGUUUACACGAUAAACAAAGCUUCGGUCUUGUUUGUGUCGGUGUUUUUUACUGAAAGAGAAACGACAAGAAAUGUGACCGCAGUGAUAUUAGCAUAUAUAAUUCAAUGAACUUCUGAAGUUUAUUCAAUAACAAAAGAAAGAAAAGGUGCUUCUAAGAAUGAAAUAAGGAAGUUUUGGGCAAAAUGAGUCGAUUAUGGUAAAAAUGCAGACCCCUUAUGGAUAGUGAGGGUAGACUGGUGUUUUGGAAGAGCGGUGUCUGGGAGGGGGGAGCGCCCACUCUUAGCUGCAACACCUGUAAGAAACGACGCGCCGACAGAAUGAGUGCUAACGAUACGGAACGUCCCCAAGGUGAGCUGAAGAAGCUCUCCGAGGAGAGCUUGACGCGGCAACCGGAGGAGGUUUUUGACAUUAUAUGCAAACUCGGAGAGGGCUCAUAUGGCAGUGUUUAUAAGGCGUUACACAAAGAAAGCGGGCAGGUGCUCGCGAUCAAGCAGGUCCCAGUCGACACAGACCUGCAGGAGAUCAUCAAAGAGAUCUCUAUCAUGCAGCAGUGUGACAGCCCCUACGUGGUCAAGUACUACGGCAGUUACUUCAAGAACACAGACCUAUGGGUGAGGCAUUCAGAGGUCACAAUAUGUUUAAUCGUAAUGGAGUACUGUGGCGCCGGCUCUGUUUCCGACAUCAUGAGGCUGCGGAAGAAGACGUUAUCAGAAGACGAGAUAGCCACCAUCCUGUGUGACACCCUCAAGGGUCUGGAGUACCUGCAUAGAAGACGGAAGAUCCACAGAGAUAUUAAGGCUGGGAACAUCCUGCUGAAUACAGAGGGUCAUGCUAAACUAGCAGAUUUUGGCGUCGCUGGUCAGUUGACGGACACAAUGGCUAAACGCAACACAGUAAUAGGCACUCCGUUCUGGAUGGCUCCCGAAGUGAUCCAGGAGAUUGGCUACGACUGUGUGGCGGAUAUCUGGUCGCUGGGUAUCACGGCGCUGGAGAUGGCAGAGGGGAAGCCACCGUACGGUGACAUACACCCUAUGAGAGCUAUCUUCAUGAUACCUACUAAACCACCUCCGUCGUUUAGAGAGCCAGAUCAAUGGUCCCCAGAGUUCAUAGACUUCGUAAGUCAGUGUUUAGUGAAGAACCCCGAGGAGCGAGCAACUGCCGAGUACCUGUUAACACACGAGUUUAUAGGUAACGCCAAACAUCCGAGUAUCCUGAGCACAAUGAUAGCCGAAGCUCGCGAGAUUAGAGAGAGCCAAGUGUUCCGGAAUGCACAGCAUCACACUAAUAAUGCUAAGACUUUUGCUGCGGGUGAGGGUUACGAGGAAGCGACGAUGAAGCAGCGCGGCGAUGGUACACUGGUCCCCGCCAGAGACGCCACCACGGACCUGGCGGCAGACCUCGGCACCAUGGUCAUCAAUGAGCCUGAUGCAGACCUUGCUACUAUGAAACGUCACGACACAGAUCCAAUGGACACGAAUCGUCCGAAGUACCGGCCGUUAUUCCUCGAGCACUUCGAGAAGAAAGAGGUCAACCACCUCAAUAUGGCCGCCACCACCAACGGGACACUCACUCCUGCGCACCGACUAGUGCCUGAUGAAGACAGUGUAACAGCAGAAACCGAAUCAGAAGCGAACCCCGCGCUAGCAUUCCAGCGCGCGUUCGUGGAGGAGGGGAACUUCGAAUUCCUCGGCUACCUAUCAGUAACGGAGUUGGAAGAUCGCGUGGCGCGAUUGGACGCAGAGAUGGAGGCCGACAUCGAACGUCUGCGCGCGCGCUACCAUCGCAAGCGACAGCCCAUACUCGACGCUAUACAUCUCAAGCGUAAGCGACAACAGAACUUUUAAUAAGGAAAGGAAGGUGCCAAACUUCGGCCAGGACUCUAGUAAAGAGGAGAUAAGAGGAGUGGGGUAGAGAUGUGUUUAGAUUGCGGCAUGAAUUUAUUAUGGUUGGACUUUUCGUGGUGGGCGUAAGGUUCACAUUAUUUUUCUUUUUAACUAUCAACUUUCUUUUCCUAUUCUUUCAUUAACUAACUUCUUAAUAGUCAUGAAUCUAAUUAUAUAUUGGCUAUAACUCUUGGGAUGGGUAUCUUCAAUGAAUUAGUGGACUGUAUGUUAAACUGGCAUAUUAAAAGAAUUAAUGAAUUUUACGUUAAGUAAAAUGCCUUGUGUCUGAACGAUCCCCAUGUCGAUAUGCUGGCCGCGCGCCGCUCCCGCUAGUGGCCCCGCGCGCUUCGCUUCUCUCCCGGGAGCGUCGGGUUGAGUUCACGCGCAGACAAUAAAAAAAUUUAACAAUGCGCGAACUCAGGCCUUCUUCGAAAAAUCUGGCCAUGAUUCAUGCCGUAGACUGUGUUAAACAACUACUGAGUGAUCUCCACUGAAACUAUAGGGAGAGAUAUUGUGUGAAUAACGAAAUCCCGGUUGUCCCGUCGUGUUUGACCCCUGCAAAUGUUAUGCGUCGACGUUGGCGCUUAAGACACUCGAUGACAUCUCUACUCCACUCGUCACGUCGCGUCUUUGACGGAGCGCCGGCUCCCAACAUGUUCCUAAAUUAUUACCCUCGAUGCAUUUACUACAAAAUUGGGCCUAUAUUUUUGAAUUUUUUCUCCAUUAUAUCUUGGCCAAAUACAGUGCCAUUCGUGUGGGAUGUUCGUUGUGUGCUUUUAACGUUUGGUGCGAAAUUUAAGCCAACAAUUUUAGGCUAUCAAUCAAAAUACUUCUUUAUAGCAUUUUCGUCAUAAGGAAAUACAUCACUUUCAAGCGUUUGUAAGACUACAAAAAAUCUAGAGUACCUUGUAUGGUACAAGAAAUUUAUAAAUUUGAUAUUGGAUUACAUUUCCUGUGUGCUACAAAAUAGAGUGCUUCUAUGUUUCAUUUGGAAUAUUGAGGAAGAUUAUUGAACAAUAAAAUGGAAGUUUUAUAAUUGAGUCCAACCAAAAAUCCGAAGUGGAACUGUGUACGCCAGUCUUAGCAAUUUAAUCAACUUAUCUAAGUUAAUCAACUUAAUCAAAUUGCUGCAUUUAAAACUAACAGUUUUUCCGAAAACUAGUGUGCUUCAUAAAAACUAAUAAUAAAUUAGUAAUUGAUAUUUUUCUGUUGAAUAUUCUUUCUCAGAUUCAAAAUGAUGCAGAUUAAUUAAAUAAAAUCAUUGAAUGACGGUUUGUACGUUGUGUCCAGUCGUCUUAGAUGUAGCGUAGCUUGUUAAUAUAGAUAGGUAGUGUAAGGUAAUCCUGACCUAACCGGAGGAAGGUUGCUGAGACAUAUCCGCGCGGAGCAGGUGGCGCCACCGUCGUUUUUGGCACUCGCAAAGUAUAUGGACGGUGACCUGCUCAUGUACUUUCUUUCUCAUUUAGAAUCAAGAUGUGUGGUGUGUAGUUAUUUUAUGCAGAUCUUUUAAGAUUGUAUGACUUGUACGAUUAAAGAUAAAUCUGUAGAAUCAAUUCUGUUGAGACAUCUGGAAGUAAGUCCUGAAUUUGUUAAAAUAACUACACUGUUUUGUGUUAUUCGAUAGUUAAAAUACAUAAAUUCUAUACAUUUGUAUGUAUUUAGUUAUUGGCGUAUUUGAUGGGAAAGAAAAUACAUAUCCGCCAUGUAGAAUAUUGUAUUAAAUUCAUGACAAUAUUAUUUGUAGAUAUUACUAUAAUGUAACAAAUAAUUUGAACGUGAACUGUUUCGUUUUGUUUGAUGUAUUGAGUUCGAACAGUUAUUGUUAAGUUCCUUAUGUUUUAGAUCUCAGAUGUAUCUCGCGAAACUGUAUUAUAUAUACGUAUAUAUUGUAAUUAGAGUAUAUUAUUCACUCAAUUUGUACAUUGUUUACGACUUUGUAGUGGGUUGUGAGAUGAAUUUAUUGAAAAAUGUUAUAAUACAAGUUACAAAAUGAUUUUCAAGUGGAGACAAGUGAGUAUGGGUCAGCAGUGCCCCAUACUCAGUUGUCCACACCUGGUACUCCGUCUGACAGUCCCGGGUUCCACUCCCAUAUAUUCCCGUGUGCCGUCUGAUUCUUAGUACACAGAACAUAGCAAUAUUUCUUAUAAGGAUAUUAACUCUAUGCUAGCAAGAUUUUAUGCAUUUCUACAUUGUAAUAAUGUAAAAUAAUUAGCAAAUAUUAUGAGAUAAUAGCGUUAACGAGUGAAUACUUGAGCUGGACAUAGCUGUUUUCGUAUUAAAAUGUCUCUUUUGCCAUAAUGUAAGAGUAUCAAAUUAGUGUUCAUCUUCAUCGAUUGGAAGUUAAAUAAUAUAAAAGUUUUAGAAGUGCCAUUAAAUAUAAAUAAAACAUAGUAUUUUCGUACUACAAGCAAUAGUUGUAAAUUAGAAUUCUAUAACUUUUAUCAAUGAAUUAUAAAAAGAUCGGCGAUAUAUUUUUGUGCCAUUGAAGGUGGAAAGAUUGCAAAUAGUUUUGUGUAAAGUUGUGAUGAAUUUGUGUGCUGGCUUGCUGUCCAGGUCCCAUAGAAACCACAAUAUUAAUAUAAUGAAAAUCGGCACAAUUUAUGAAGUCCCUAAAUUACCAGGCGAAAUUGAUCAACCAGUAUUACUUUUGUUACAUUUAAUGAUAAAUUGCUCGAGCAUUGUUUGUGCUAAUGAAGCGUUUUGUACCUUUUGAAAUUACAUCAAUGUAGCUUUCGAUAAUUUUGCAAUAUAUUAUGCGAGUCGACAGGAUAACAUUGGUGGACGCUGAUUAUAUUAUCUUACGAUUCCAGAGCUAGAAAAAUAAAUGAAAUAGUAGCUAUAUCUACUACUGAAAAGUCGGCCAGUUCCAAAAACCUAUUCGUUGAAGUUUGGCUACUGAAGGUUAUUUAGGACUGGCUAUUAGUCAAUUAACAAAAAACUAACAAAAUGAAAUAUUCAUUUAGAUAGGACAUUAGGUGCACAUAGGUGCUGGAUUUUGUACAUACUUAGUUGAACCCUUAGUCUUGCGAUACAGAUCCCUGUUGACUCAAUGCAACCGGCCUAGUAAAUGAAAAGAUUGGUAAUAACAUUCGUCUUUGACUAUGUACAGGGUAAAAUUAUAUAAAUACUUUAUGACGUACUACGAAACUCGCUUGGACUGUGGUCGCUUGCUUCGUACUUUCGGUUCGACGUUUAUGAACUAAUUCGUACAUGUAUAAUUUUUACCAAAUUUUGAAAAAUUAAUAAUGUAAUCAAUAUAAUUUUUGAAGGAGUUAUAUAUAUUUAAUUUUAAGUAUUGUAACUACAAACUUAGGUUUAUAAUAGGCUGAAUGGAUGACGAAAUAGCAAUGCCUAAUAGUGUUGUUGAUACCACGUGCUAUUUGACAUUCUCAUGUAAAUUGUACCUUGUUGGAAGUGUUUUGCAUUGAAAUAAACAGCAUUUAACGAAUUGGAGUCCAUAAAUUCCGCAUAAAAUAUUUUAGUAAACUUUUAAACAGACAAAAAUUAACUUUAGACAGUUCCAACAAGGUUAUUUAUCGAACAAACAGUUUAGUGUUGUUGACGAGUGUUUCGUUGAGCGUUCGUUCUAGUGAGUUAAUUGUUGGAAUACGACGCCGCUUGCAUACCUACAGCGCGUGUAAUGUACGGCAGACACCGCGCCACACAUCGCGGGGUUUUUGUAAGUGAGGAAACAAAUUAACGUGGAACAGUGCCGUCUAAGUCUAAAGCUAGAUUUUACCAAGGAAAGUAGACAUUAAAUAAUGCGUAAGUUUUCGCCACGUUACUUUGUUUUCUUAUUCACUUUGGAUAGAAGUUAAUUUGAUAAGAAUUUUGUGUAUUGGAAAUUGUUGUGUCCACUACAUAUUGGUCGAUGUACGGCGCGGUGUGGCGCCCCCUAUUGCCUUGUAUUAUAGUUUGUUAGAGUACGAUCAAAGUGCACUUUGUAAUUCUGUAGCCUGUUGAGAAAUGAAUAGCUGCGUACGCAUUAUAUUUUUGGACAGACAACUCACUGAAAUAAAAGAUUAAUUCAUUAUAAAA